GGGCUACUUCCUACUGAAGCUGCACUCACUACUUAGCGCUCUGUCAGCGUUUACAUUCGCCUGGCUUUAGAGAGAAUCUGUACACGGAGUCUAGCACCGCUGAAAUCUCAACAUCACCAUCAUCAUGGGGCUGACUGACGAUCCGAACUACAAGAAGCUGGAGCAGUGGUACAAAUCCAACGCUGCAACCUUGAACAUGAGGCAGAUGUUCGAUGCGGACAAGGACAGGUUCUCAAAAUUCAGUCUAACCCUUAAGACAGAUGAUGGAGACUUACUUUUGGAUUAUUCAAAGAAUCUCAUCAAUGAAGAUAUUCUCAAGUUGCUGCUGGACAUGGCAAGGACAGUGGGAGUGGAGGCUGCCAGGGAGCGCAUGUUUGCUGGAGAAAAGAUCAACUUCACUGAGGGCCGAGCUGUCCUUCAUGUAGCCCUGAGGAACCGCGCUAACACCCCUGUCCUAGUGGAUGGAAAAGAUGUCAUGCCUGAGGUGAACAGAGUCCUGGAGAAAAUGAAGGGUUUCUGCCAUAGAGUGCGCAGUGGAGAGUGGAAAGGCUUCAGUGGUAAAGCCAUCACUGAUGUUGUGAACAUUGGCAUUGGUGGAUCUGACCUGGGUCCACUGAUGGUGACAGAGGCUCUGAAGCCGUAUUCUAAAGGUGGCCCAAAUGUCUGGUUCGUCUCCAACAUCGAUGGGACACACAUGGCUAAGACUUUGGCUCAGCUGAAUGCAGAAACCACACUUUUUAUUAUUGCAUCCAAGACUUUCACUACCCAGGAGACCAUCACUAACGCCGAGUCUGCUAAGGAAUGGUUCCUGCAGACUGCCAAGGAUGCUUCUGCAGUGGCCAAACAUUUUGUGGCUCUCUCCACCAAUGCGCCCAAAGUGAGAGACUUUGGCAUCGACACUGAGAACAUGUUUGAGUUCUGGGAUUGGGUUGGUGGGCGCUAUUCACUGUGGUCGGCUAUUGGUUUGUCUAUCGCUCUGCACGUAGGUUUUGACAACUUCGAGCAGCUUCUAGCCGGUGCCCACUGGAUGGAUAAGCACUUCUGCUCAGCUCCACUGGAGAAGAAUGUUCCUGUGCUGCUUGCCUUGCUGGGUAUCUGGUACAUCAACUUCUUCCAGGCUGAGACUCAUGCUAUGUUGCCCUAUGACCAGUACAUGCACCGCUUUGCAGCUUACUUCCAGCAGGGUGACAUGGAGUCUAAUGGAAAGUACAUCAGCAAGAAUGGAACUCGUGUGAACUACCACACAGGACCCAUCGUAUGGGGAGAACCAGGGACAAACGGCCAGCAUGCUUUCUACCAGCUCAUUCACCAAGGGACUCGUAUGAUUCCAGCUGACUUCCUCAUACCUGCUCAGUCUCAACAUCCAAUCAGAGAUAAUCUGCAUCAUAAGAUCCUGAUGGCCAACUUCCUGGCUCAGACUGAGGCUCUGAUGAAGGGAAAGACACCAGAUGAAGCCAGAAAGGAGCUGGAGGCCACUGGCAUGAGUGGAGAUGCUCUGGAGAAACUUCUGCCACAUAAAGUAUUCCAAGGAAACAAGCCAAGCAACUCCAUCAUGUUCAAGAAGCUGUCUCCUUUCAUGCUUGGACUUUUGAUUGCCAUGUAUGAGCACAAAAUCUUCGUGCAAGGUGUGAUGUGGAAUAUCAACAGUUAUGACCAGUGGGGUGUGGAGCUGGGCAAACAGCUGGCUAAGAAAAUUGAGCCUGAGCUGCAGGACAAUUCUGAGGUCCACACUCACGACUCGUCCACCAACGGGCUUAUCGGCUUCUUCAAGAAAAAUCGUGCAUGAAAUGCUCAGUCAGACCUUCUGCCUCACCUCUCCGAUGGAAUCAGUGGAUUACAUAAUAAAGCCGUGAUGUAGUCUAGGCCUAACUCAAGAGGAAUAGCACUUUACAUAUGUAACCAUUGUCUAUUUGAUCGUGUUUGUGCGUUGUGAGAUUUGACUGUACUCAUUUGCCUGUUCUAACCUGUAAAAGGAAUCUCCAUUCCUGUAUGCACUGCAAGGUCUGGAACGCUGUAACUCCCCCCGCACCUUUCUCUUCCUACACGCUUUGCCAUAUGCUUGGUUAAAACCAGAUGGUCAAAAUAAAUAUCUUAUUUAUCA